AAGGUACCACAUCGCCCACCGAGCAUAUUCCCACGACUCGUGCUUCGCCGUCUCCGCAUUACCAAUCACACUCAAACAUCGAGUUUCCCUCUCAACAACGGGGCAGGUUGACCGAUUCAGCCGCCGACUACUGCGACGUGCGCCGCGUAAACCUAACUUUGCGAAUAACCUCACACUUCGUCGCCCUUCGUAGCGGCACAAUCUAGCACCAUGUCGACGAUACAGCAGCUUAAGAACUUCAUCCGACACGGAAAGCAAGCUCGAGCAAACAACGAUGAGCCGGCAGCCAAGCAGUCCCCGCCGCCUAAGGCGCACGUAGGCGUAUCAGAGCCUGCCUUUGCCGCUGCACCACCUGCUCAAGCUAUCCCCGAGGCGUACUCAGUAGCUGGAGAUGGCCAGAACCGUGCCGCUCAGGCAAACCACGCCGCCGCCCACGCUGCCGAGCCGAACCAGUACAAGACGUCCAAGGCAGGCAAGAACAUCGACAAUACACACCUGGCCAAGCUUGUAGCCGAGGAGAACGAGAGCAAGAGCAAAUUUCCGAGAUACCCCGGCCUGGAGAGAUGGGAACUGGUCGAAAAGAUGGGUGAUGGUGCUUUCAGCAACGUCUACCGCGCUCGCGAUACUUCUGGCGAGCACCCCGGCGAGUGUGCCAUCAAGGUCGUCCGCAAGUAUGAAAUGAACAGCAUGCAGAGAGCAAACAUCUUGAAAGAGGUUCAGAUUAUGCGACAGCUUGACCACCCGAACAUUAUCAAGCUUGUCGACUUUUCCGAAUCCCGGCAGUAUUACUACAUCAUUUUGGAAUUGGCGCCCGGUGGCGAGCUCUUCCACCAGAUUGUUCGCCUCACGUACUUCAGCGAGGAGCUAUCGAGGCACGUCAUCGUGCAGGUCGCGCAGGCUUUGGAGUACUUGCACGAGGAGAGAGGUGUUGUUCAUCGUGAUAUCAAGCCGGAAAACAUUCUUUUCAGCCCAAUUCCCGUCAUUCCGUCCAAGAAUCCCAAGCCCAAGCAGCCUGGUGACGAAGACAAGGUUGAUGAGGGCGAUUUCAUCCCCGGAGUCGGCGCGGGUGGCAUCGGCCAGAUCAAGAUCGCCGAUUUUGGUCUGUCCAAGAUUGUGUGGGAUAACCAAACCAUGACGCCUUGCGGCACUGUGGGAUAUACAGCCCCCGAAAUUGUUAAGGAUGAACGCUAUUCGAAGUCAGUCGACAUGUGGGCAUUGGGUUGCGUCCUCUACACGCUACUUUGCGGUUUCCCUCCUUUCUACGACGAGAGCAUCGAGGUCUUGACAGAGAAGGUCGCCAAGGGACAGUACACUUUCUUGUCUCCCUGGUGGGAUGAUAUUUCGAAGUCUGCCCAAGACCUUAUCUCUCAUCUCCUCACUGUGGACCCCGAGAAGAGAUAUACCAUCACUGAAUUCCUCGCCCACCCCUGGAUCAAGGGCUCUGGCCCAACGCCUCGCGACGAGAAGAAGACGCAACCCGACAUGCUUCGUGCAUUCGAUGCCAACAGAAUCAACGACGGUGACCGUCGCUACGACUUCCGUUCCCCCGGCGCAGUCAACUUGCGUGAGGUGUUCGAUGUUGGAUAUGCCGUUCACAGGCAAGAGGAAGAGGCCAAGCGCCGCAAGCAAAUUGGCAGCAAGGGUGGUGUUCCCGCACGCUUCCUCAACAACCUCAAUGAGGAAUCAGAGGACGAAGAUGCGGAAAUGGCCGAGAACAAGGAAGCCGAAUACGUCCACAAGCCAUCACAGGCCACACAAGCACUCGAGCAAAGCAUGCGCAAUGCCCAGAUUAAAGAUCAGCAAGAACAUCGCGGACGCGAGCGUGAGCGGCAAGCACCUGCGGCGAAUGAGAAAGGCUACGGACAACAUUCGGCAACCGUUACAGCUGCAGCUCGCCAACAGGUUAGAGACCGGAACAGGCAGAAGGGCGCCUUUGAGCUUAGCCUUGACGGUGCCACGCUGCUGGGAAGACGAAACAAGCAGCCUCUCGCGGCCCGAGCUGGCGGGGCAUAGGAGCCCCGUACUCGAAGCCGCACUCCUCCGGGGAGUGAGGUCAGACUUGAACGAAGCCCAAGCGCUACGAAGUAGACCUAGAAGGUGGCACUAUGAAUGGUCAAUUGUGGAUUUUCUGGCGUAAGGGUUACAGGGAUGGCAUAUCUUGGUCAAGUGGCCGAGGACACUAGCGCAAAUCAUGAUAUGAACGUCGUGGAUAUCCAGGUUGUGUCUGUCAAAGUAGGGUAUUGUUUGUAAUUUGUUUCCGGGAUGGAUUAGCUACGAAUCGUAUCUCAUUAUGCGGCAUCAUACACACAUAGGUUCGGAGUUCAUUGGCGAGUGGGACCAUAGUUCCUCGUCGCACCAACAAUGAACGA